ACUAUCACGGAUAACCACUGGAAUUCCUGUCACUUCUGUGUAUCUCCAUCGUGAACAUGGCUUUGCCGCCCUUCUUCAACCCGGGUCGCCCGGGCCCGCCACCCCCGCAGCCACCGCCUCCUACUCCUUUCGGCUGCCCGCCACCGCCGCUGCCCUCCCCGGCUUUUCCGCCGCCUCUUCCCCAGCGGCCCGGCCCUUUUCCGGGGGCCUCUGUCCCCUUCCUCCAGCCUCCGCUGGCUCUGCAGCCUCGGGCCCCCGCGGAAGCCUCCCGUGGCGGCGGCGGCGGCAGCGCUUUCUACUCGGUGCCGCCACCGCCGCUGCCUCCGCCGCCGCCCCAGUGCCGGCCCUUCCCGGGGACCGACGCCGGCGAGCGCCCGAGGCCACCGCCUCCAGGCCCAGGGCCGCCCUGGAGCCCACGCUGGGCUGAGGCGCCGCCGCCGCCUGACGUGCUUGGGGACGCGGCACUGCAGCGCCUGCGCGACCGGCAGUGGCUGGAGGCGGUGUUCGGGACCCCCCGGCGGGCGGCCUGCCCGGUGCCCCAGCGCACGCCUGCUGCUCCCAACCUAGGCGAGGUGCGCGCGCGGUUGCGUGGUGCUCUGCGCCUGGUGCGGCGGCUGCGUGGCCUGGGCCAGGCCCUGCGCGAGGCGGAGGCCGACGGCGAGGCCUGGUCCCUAUUGCAUGCCAAGGCCGCGCCGCUGCGCGCCGAACUGGCUGAGAGGUUACAGCCACUGUCCCAGGCUGCCUAUAUGGGCGAGGCGCGGCGGAGGCUAGAGAGGGUCCGGCGCCGCCGGCUGCGGCUUCGCGAAAGGGCCCGGGAACGCGAGGUCGAGCGGGAGGCGGAGGCCGCGCGGGCAGCGGAACGGGAGCAGGAGAUUGACCGCUGGCGGGUCAAGUGCGUACAGGAGGUGGAGGAGAAGAAGCGGGAGCAGGAACUCAAGGCUGCUGCUGAUGGUGUUUUAUCUGAAGUGAGGAAAAAGCAAGCAGACACCAAAAGAAUGGUGGACAUUCUUCGAGCUUUGGAGAAAUUGAGGAAACUGAGAAAAGAGGCUGCAGCAAGGAAAGGGGUCUGUCCUCCAGCCUCAGCAGAUGAGACUUUUGAGCACCAUCUGCAGCGACUGAGAAAACUCAUUAAAAAGCGCUCUGAACUAUAUGAAGCUGAAGAGAGAGCCCUUAGAGUUAUGUUGGAAGGAGAACAAGAGGAAGAGAGGAAAAGAGAAUUGGAAAGGAAACAGAGAAAAGAAAAAGAGAAAAUUUUACUUCAGAAACGUGAAAUUGAGUCCAAGUUAUUUGGGGAUCCAGACGAGUUCCCACUUGCUCACCUCCUGCAGCCUUUCCGACAGUAUUACCUCCAAGCCGAGCACUCCCUGCCAGCACUCAUCCAGAUAAGGCAUGAUUGGGAUCAGUACCUGGUGCCAUCCGAUCAUCCCAAAGGCAACUCCGUACCCCAAGGAUGGGUGCUUCCCCCGCUCCCCAGCAACGACAUCUGGGCAACCGCCAUUAAGCUGCAUUAGGAAAGAUGCUCCAGGAGUGUGGUCCAGCCAGCGCUCUUUCCAGCUCUAAAUAUUAGUGGUGCUGCCAUCUUGUGCUGUAGACUAAACCAUAACUGCUGAACUCCCUGUGUCAUUGCCCUAGCCUGAAGUUAAGCUUUCUUAUACGCUCUGUCCUGGCCAGAGGUACCUCUUGAAUCAGGAGAUUAAUAUGGUUCUGCAGGAAAGGAUCUAGGUGAACUGAGUUUAUUACCAUAGGCAGUGACCUUGGUUCACCAAAUUUGCCUCUGUUUUGAGGGGCUUGGUCCAGAGUUGACUUAUUGAUUUAAUCUAGCUUACUUGUAUCUUGAUGGGUAAGUAUACUCAAUACAUUUAAAUACUCAGAAUGUGUGUGCUGCAUGGAUUUAGCAGCCCUUCACCAAUAACGGAGUGUAAAGUCAAGCUUGAUGCAAAAACCUUCUUAUCUUGCUUCCCAGAGAACCCUAACUCCCUGGAGUAAAGGUCAAAAGUUUGACCUUCAGCUUUCUUAAGCCUAGUUGUGGUGUAGUUUGGUAGACUUCGAGUUAGGAAGGUGGCAGUGGCUACAGGUUGGGCUGCCAGAAAACAUGAUGGCCUAGUCUUAGUGGUCAUGCAAACAAUGUAGAAAAUCUGAAAAGGACCCAUACUCAAAUUGGAUCACAUUUUGGUGGACAGUGGCUUUUUCUUCCUCAUGUUCCCCAUUCUAAUUAAACCACCUGGUUUUUUAAGCCUAGGGGUCUAGUUAUUGAGAAUCUCCCAGGAUAGAAAUUUCUCUAUAGGAGUGGGACCUUAAUCUCAGUCAGUCACACUAUAGGAGCUGGUUUAGCUGUGGAAUUUUCUUAAGAACUCAAGCUUCUCAAAACAUCCAUGUAGUCAUACUUGGGGGGAAAAGAAAUAAGAAUGACAAAAUUUAUUUUUUAUAUUUAUUAAUAAAUACCGUGUGCUUAGAAAUGAUCUAUCAUAACAUGUCAGUUUUUUGUUUUGGUUUGUUUUGAUUUUUGCCAAUUUUGUUAUUUAAUUUCUGAAAAACUAAAUAAAUAUCAUUUUUAUUUUUUAGUUUGA